GCCCAAGCGCAAGACACUCUUAACUCUUUAUCUUUCCCACCUCUUCUCGUCUCCUCUCCAAUAUUCCAACUUGGAAGAGGAGCCACCACACCAGAAAGCAAAGAUGGCUGUACAGGCACCCACAAGGCUUCAGCUCAGCCAUUCCAUGGCGGCGCCUUCCCCUCUGGCCGCCAGCAAUGCCGGUCUGAGACAGCCUUUGGAUCGGUUUGCUCUGAAAUCCUCGUUCUUCUCUCGGUCGCUCCGCCUGUUUCUGCCGCCGCAGCCUCUUGCUUCCUCUGUUGCUGCUCCCAAGUUCUCCAUGCGCGUGGCCUCAAAGCAAGCCUAUAUUUGCCGGGACUGCGGGUAUGUUUACAAUGACAGGACUCCUUUCGAGAAGUUGCCUGACAAGUACUUCUGUCCCGUUUGUGGAGCUCCAAAACGAAGAUUCAGGCCAUAUGCACCUACUGUAGCCAAAGAUGCUAACCAGGCAGAUGUCCGGAAGGCCCGAAAAGCAGAGAUCCAGAGAGAUGAAGCUAUUGGGAAAGCAUUGCCCAUUGCAAUUGUGGUGGGGGCAGCUGCACUGGCUGGUUUAUAUUUCUACCUCAACAACGCCUUCUAAGACGCACGAACAGAAUCAUUCUAGGAUCGACAGAACUGUUCUUGAAACUUCGUUUUUGUUCUUUGUUUUCUUUUUUGGGUAAAACUAAUGCACUGUAUGUUCCAGCUACACUCUUUACAUUGAUAUGAAAUACCAACGUUCUUAGCUA